UGAGAUAUCCAACACGUUGCUCCUCAACCAGCUGGCACUCUCUAAUGUGCUAGCCGAGCGGGACUCAGGCACAACAGUUAUAAGAAAAUGGCUGAGUGAGCUGCAGUCUAACCUCACAUCUGAACUGGCAGCAAUGAUAAGGGAGGAGCGAACGUCCCUUCACGACACUCUCAGAGAGGUUGUUAGGAGAGAGUUGGAUGGAGUUCUGGAGGGAGCACCCACUACCAGGGACGUUGCUUCCAGUCUGAACAGUUACCAACCAGGAAACCACUCUUGCCUCACAGACAGACCCGCAGACUGCUUGGGUUACCGGAGGCGAGGCUUCAACACCAGCGGGGUGUUCAACAUAUACCCGGGCAGCUGCUGCCAGCCAGUGACUGUGUGGUGUGACAUGACAACGGAGGGCGGCGGCUGGGUGAUCAUGUUAGCUCGAGGGCCUCAGAUGGUCCAAGAAAACUUCGCUCGCUUGUGGGAGGACUACAAGACCGGGUUUGGUAAUCCGCACCGGGAAUACUGGAUAGGCAAUGAAGUUAUUCACCGUAUGACGGAGAAAGUUCCCACAGUACUUAGGAUUGAUGCUGAGGACUUCGAAGGAAACCGAAAGUUUGGAGAGUGGAGAAAAUUCAGCAUUGCAAAUGAAACUGAAUUGUACAGGCUGUCCGUCGGAGACAUUUGGGUUGCUAGCACUUUGCGUGACGACUUGGCAUACAACAACCAAAUGGCCUUCACUACUUUAGACCGUGACAAUGACAAUAACAAAGAUAACUGUGCAAAACUGAGGACUGGGGGAGGUUGGUGGUAUAAGGACUGCAGUUACUGUACACCCAACAGCCUGAUGAUCGACACUGACCACUAUUAUAACUCUUCCACCUGGUACCACUGGAACACAAGUCGUGAAGCUUUCACCAGCCUCCGCUGGCUGCAACUAAAAUUCCGACCCUUAGACUCUCAAGGCCCUUCGCAGAUGUGUGCUGGACAGUGAAUGAAAUUAUCUUUCUUGUUGGAAUGAUGAGCAGGUCUUGUUGCUGCUCGGUGUGGCGUUAGAAACUACAUCUCAUGUGCCUUCCUGUAAGUUAAGUGCAAAUUACGGGCGAAGUAUUUGUUGAGUUUCGAAAUCUCUUGUGAUAGAUUGUUCUGAAAUCUGUUAACAUUCUAAUAGAACGUUAAAGGUGGAAGGCCGUAAGACUCACAACAGGAAUCAGUUGCACUUUUUAAUUUCUGCUUGAAUGUAAAAUCCACACAAUAUUUAAAAUGCACAUCACCCUUGCUUCAUAAUAAAGUAAUACUUUUUUUAAUCAAACACUAUCAGAAUUUUGAGGAGCUCCCAUCAACUAAUAAUCAAUAGUAAUUGUGGCAGUUAACAAUAAAUGAUUUUGGUCUCGCCAUGGAGCUAGAUAAUCUUGAGUAUUUCAGUGUAUGUGUAUUAACUUACCUAAUAUUAAUUCAAAGGAUCGUAUUUCAGCUCUUACGUCCAGUCGUUAUAAAUGAAAGGUCUCAAUUGUUCUCAACAGUUUUGUUAAAACAAUGAAUAAACUAAUCUCCAAUUCCAUUUCUUCUAACACAUAGCACUCAUCAUCUGCACACUAAAACUAAGCUCAUAUAUGUUCCUCUAUUCCAUAUGUGUACAUCAUUUCCAUAUGUGUGACAUUUAAAUCUGUUGCUCUCCAGUACAAUGUCAUAGAGAGAUGUGGACCAUCAAGCUCAUAAAUGGAAGAUUAUGGAGAACAAACCGAGAUGGUUUGGUAAUAAUGAGUGUAUGGAUAAUGGUUGACUGGUGAAAUUGUGUAUUGAAAUGAAGAGAAUAGAAGUACCUGAAGGGGUCUAAAACAGUAGUUUCCUACCUUCUGUGUCUCAUUCCUCCUUUUCUAACCAUGUUCUCUCCUGUGGACCCCUAAAACCACUUUCUUUCAUGAGGAACCCUACAACAAAAUAAAUCGAGAGAUCAAAAUUAACAUCAGCCAUUACUACAAUAAACACAUACAUUCAUAUGGCUCAAGCCCUGCUGUUAUAACUGCAUGUGCAAUAUUACAGUUCAGUUCAACAAACUCAUAGGUUGUUCUUAUUUUCUUAGAUACUUAAUGGAUUUCUGCUUGUGGAUGACUGCAGGAACGUGUAAUGCUUGUUUAUCGUAGAUAUUAUAUUUUGUAUCUCAAUGAUAACAUAAAAUAAUCAGUGUU